AUGUCUGCCUCAUCUUCUACUGUCGUGCCUCCGCCGAUGAUGAUAGACUGGACGGAGCUUCCUUUGGAGUUGACGUCUUUGAUCUUACUACGACUCGGUGCUGUUGAGAUACUUGAAAACGCUCAGAAGGUGUGCACACAGUGGCGUAGCAUCUCUAAAGACCCUUCUAUAUGGCGAAAAAUCGAUAUGCGAGACCUGGGAAAUCGCAAAAAAGGCGACUUGGAUUUCGGUAUCUUGUGUCGUCACGCUGUUGAUCGUAGCCAGGGCGGCUUGUUGGAGAUCAACUUUGGUGCUUUCGCGACCGAUGAACUCAUCACCUACGUCGCUGAGAGAUCAAGGAAUCUAACAAGUCUUGGACUUGGAAGGUUCUUUAAAUGUGUGACGAAAGCAGGAUUUAUGAAGGCAAUCGAAAAACUUCCAUUCCUUGAAACCUUCGAGCUCGCACACUCAGGGAUUAUACUGGAUUUAAAAGCUGUAGGCCACGCUUGUCCUCGGCUAAAGACAUUGAAGAUAAACUCCUUAGGAUUGUUAGCCUACAUAUUCAGCAUCAAUUCUGAUGAUGAUGAUUAUGCCCUAGGAAUCGCUGAAGCUAUGCCCCAACUACGCCACCUCCAGCUCAUUGGGGACAGAAUAACAGCCAAUGGCUUGAAGGCAAUUCUUGACGGUUGUCCUCACCUAGAACACCUUGAUUUACGCAAGUGUUUCAACAUUAACCUUGCUGGAAAUCUUGAGAAACAAUAUUUGGAGGGGAUCAAAGCGCUUAGACGCCUGGAUGACUCCACCACUGACUACCCAUAUGAUAUCACUGUUUUCAAGUAUGGUUUUGUUGGUCUUGUCAACUUAUGA